AUGGCACUCGGAAAAGAAAUUCCCCCUACCUGGCACAAUCUUCUUCGAGCAAUAUGUUUGGAGAAGUACACGCUCUCAUCGGCUCACAGAAUCAUACUGUCAAUGUUUCCGACUGUAACACUGGAAGAAGUGCAAGCAUUCCAUGCAAUUGAACAUCAAUCUGAAGCACAGCAGAAUGGCUCAAAUCUUCCACACAGCACGUCACAACAACCGACGUUGAAAACUGGUUCAGAAAUCGACUCUACAGAACAGGAAACAAAAAAAUACUCGUGUUCUCUUCUUAACGUCCCCGAAGUACCUAUGAAACAAAUUCUCUCAGGCAUUAACUAUACAGAUCAAAAACAUCUUCGUCGCACAUGUAAAGUUGUUCAACCGUUUCUCGAUGAACAAGUAAACGUUCAUGAAACGAUUGGGCUACACUUGAUUCUCGAUGAUGUUAAAAGAUGUUUUAAAGGAGCGAGAGCCAACGGAGAAAGGGAACCAAAGAAAAGAAAAUUGGAGUCAGAUGAACAGUACCCUUGGAUUGACGAAGCAGUGGAACUUUUUCAGAGAUCAAUCAACAAGCCGAAUUUAAAAGUUAAAAGUGUUUAUAUCACACACGAACUGUCAAAAGAAGAGCCAACAGAAGACCAAAGAAAAUACUUCUAUCAAAGAAUUCAAGAGGUUUUCCAAAAAAUGAAGACAAAACUUAAUGCGGAACGUGUCGAGCUGACUGUGGAAAGUCCAGAUUUUCUCCUCUCUAUUCUGACAAAGCUCCAAGAAGGAACUUUGACAGAAUUAACUUUCAACCAAUACCCAGAGUUAAUGCCAGUCUUUGAUAUGAAAGACAUUGUGGUUCUUCCUCAAUGGUCUGGAUUGCGAUAUUUGAAUACUCAUGCUAAACUCCGUGCUCGUGUAGCUGAUUUCAAACAUAUCCCUUUUGUAAUCGCUAGUUUUGAAGCUAUCACUAUAGAUGAAAUCAAAGAUCUGAGAAAUCACACAUUCAACGACCAAAAAUUCAGGUGGUUUUCACUUUCUGCUGAUUUCAACAAAGAAGAAGUAGAAGAUGCGAUGCAGCCAUUCACGUUGGUAAAAAGCGGAAAAUACAUAGAAGGACGAUUUUUGCGAGCUGACAAUAAAUCUCUUGAUUUCUUCUUGUGGGAUAAUCAAAUUAGAAUUACUGUUUAA